GUCGCUUUGACCGAGCGUAUACACAGUUCUUAGUGAAAAGCUCAUGGAUAUCAAAACGUUGCUUCACAAUCUUCGCGGGGAAGUUUCGUGCCCAGUAUGUAGUAACGUGUACACGGAUCCGAAGCACCUUGCAUGUCUACACUGGCACAGAACGAGCAAAGGCCGAGACACACAACUAGAUGUCCGAAGUGUCAAGCUAUUAGCCAAGUGCCUGAAAGUGGCGAUCUCAAAGAUCUUCCCACCAGUUUUUAUCUGAACGGCUUGAUUGGCGUGCUGACCAUUAAAGAAUGUAAAACCAGACAAGUGCGAUGUGGAAAUUGUGUCAAGAGAAGCUCUGAGAGUUCUUAUUGUUUUCGUUGUUGCCGGUUUUGGUGUAAUGGGUGCAUCAUUGGACACAACAUCAUUCGCAGCAAUAAAAAUCAUCGUGUUCUGGUGCUCAAAGACUUUCAAGACAAGGACUAUGAAGAUGUCAUGAUACGACCCGCUUUCUGUCCUGAGGAAGAUUAUAACAAAGAAGAGCUGAAGUAUUUUUGCAAAGGCUGUGAAAUGCCAGUCUGUCAGAUCUGUGUCACAUUGAACCACGGAGGUCAUAACCUGAAACUGAUCAAAGCGGAAGCAGAGACACAAAAGACUGAAAUGAACUCUUUCAUUGAAAACCAGCGACGCAAUCUACAAGCAAAGAUCAACGUCGCUAUUAAAAUUGAUCAAGACUGUGCCAGACUCAUACAACAUGGCGAAGAAGUAAAGAGAGCUGUUCAAACAAUUGUUGACAAUUUAACUGCAGUCAUUCAAGCAAAGAAGCGAAACACAUUUACAACAGUGGAGAAAGAAUUAAGAAAAAGAAAGUCGAUUGAAUGCAUAGCAAAGCGAAAGACCGAGAUCGAACGUCAGAUAACGGCGAUAAAAUCAUCUCUGAAGAAGGCCGAGAAACUUAAUUUCACCCGAAGUAAAAACGCCGAGGUCGUUCAACUGAAGAAAUCAUUAGACGCCAUAUUUGAAGGAGUUGAUCAAACAGAGCCAACUGUCCGUGACCUGGAAAUUGUGGCUCAUUCUCAUUCUCAUUCUCAUUCGUUCUUUUAUGCAUUCAUUUUGUUUGUGAAAAAUCAAAAGUUAUUCGACACUGUCAAAACUGAAGACAUUGGAACUUUGAAAAAAAACCAACAAAAGCGAGUCAGUGUGUUGUUGAAGGCAAAGGACUGGAAGAAGGAAUUGCUCACCGUGAAGCGCAGUUUACUGUGACCACAAAAGACGUCGAAGGAAGACAGUGUUACAUGACCAUAUAACAGUGGAGAUCAGGGACGAACGAGGACGAGAAAGCGUGGUAGAAACACAAAUAAAUGACUGUAAGGAUGGAGUCUAUCAGAUUAGCUAUCUUCCCAGAGAUCAGGGAAAAUGUCAAGUGGCAGUAAAGGUAAACGGGGAACAUGUUCAUGACAGUCCUUUCACUGUGCAUGUUACACCAUUUAGGUUCGUCUUUAGAAAUCUUUAGUUACUCUUUAGGUUUCUUGGUCGGGAAGGUAACAAAGCGGGCGAAUUUAAAAAUCUUACGGGAAACGCUUUAUAUGAUAAUGUGAAUACCUUUGUGGCAGAGUAUUCGAAUCAUAGAAUCCAGAUUUCCAGUAGGGAGGGUGAGUGCCUGGUGUAGUACACAGCGGUUA